CCCGCCGCCGCCGCCAUGGCCGAGGCCCCGCAGCUGGUGGACAUCGACCCUGACUUCGAGCCGCUGCCGCGACCUCGCUCAUGUACCUGGCCCCUGCCGCGGCCGGAGUUCAACCCGCCCAGCUCGGCCACCUCCAGCCCCGCGCCGUCCUGCGGAGGGCAGCCCGACGGGGCGGCCGCGGCCGGAGCUGCCGUCGCCGUCGCCGCCUCCGGGGCUCUGAGCGCCGACUUCAUCAGCAACCUCUGCCUGGUGGAGGAGAGCGAGGACUUCGCGCUGCCGCCCGCCGCCGCCCCCCCGGAGCCGGCCGCCUGCCGCUGCGGGGACUUCCCGGCGCCCGAGGCCGGCUGCCGCCUGCACCCGCCGGGACCGCCGCCGGUGCCGCCGGUACCUCCGGCCGUGGCCGCGCUGUCGCCGGGCCCCGUGGCCGGGCAGCCCCGCAAGAGCAGCUCGUCACGCCGCAACGCCUGGGGUAACCUGUCCUACGCGGACCUCAUCACCAAGGCCAUCGAGAGCUCCCCCGAGAAGAGGCUCACCCUCUCCCAGAUCUACGAGUGGAUGGUCAAGAGCGUGCCCUACUUCAAGGAUAAGGGAGACAGCAACAGUUCAGCCGGUUGGAAGAAUUCAAUCCGUCACAACUUGUCCCUGCACAGCAAAUUCAUCAGAGUGCAGAAUGAGGGAACAGGGAAGAGUUCCUGGUGGAUGCUCAAUCCUGAAGGAGGAAAGAGUGGCAAGUCUCCUAGGAGGCGAGCAGCAUCCAUGGAUAACAACAGCAAGUUUGCAAAAAGCAGAGGCAGAGCAGCCAAGAAAAAAGCAUCUCUUCAAUCUGGUCAGGAGGGAAACGGUGACAGCCCUGGAUCUCAGUUCUCGAAGUGGCCUGCAAGCCCCAGCUCUCACAGUAAUGAUGACUUUGAUAACUGGAGUACGUUUCGACCUAGAACUAGCUCUAAUGCUAGUACAAUAAGUGGAAGACUUUCUCCUAUUUUGCCAGAGCAAGAUGAUCUUGGAGAUGGAGAUGUGCACUCCAUGGUAUACCCAUCAUCAGCCACCAAAAUGACUUCUACUCUACCCAGCCUUUCAGAGAUGAGUAGUUCAGAGAACAUGGAAAAUCUUUUGGAUAACCUUAAUCUUUUGUCACCUAAUACAUCAAUGACUGUAUCAACCCAGUCGUCAUCUGCUACACUGAUGCAGCAAACACCAGGUUACUCAUUUGCAUCUUCGACCACAAGCAUAUGUUCACCAAAUCCAGACUACAGGAAAUUUACAUAUGCUCAAGCUAGCAUGAACUCUUUGCCCCAAAUUCCUAUGCAGACUCUUCAAGACAGUAAAUCAAGCUAUGGAUCGAUGAGCCAAUUUAACUGUCCUGCAGGACUUCUGAAGGAGUUACUCACUUCUGAUUCUCCUCCGCACAACGAUAUCUUGGCAUCAGUAGACACUGGUGUUUCCCAGGCUGGUGGCAGGGCGCUGGGCCAAGGUGUACUGAUGGUCACUAAUUCAGUGAUGCCAACUUACGGCAAUCAGCCACCUCACAACAAAAUGAUGAACCCUAACGCCCGCCCUCACCAAGGACAUAACCAGCCAACACCUGCAGUUAAUGGCCGUGCCUUGUCACACACAGUGAACCCCAUGUCACAUACUUCAGGUCUAAAUCGCUUGUCGACAGUGAAGACUUCGUUACAAGUGCCUAUGAGUCACCAGAUGCAGAUGAAUGCUAUGAACCCAUAUGCCCCUGUUAACAGUUGCAAUGGCUACGGAAGGGUGGGAAUUGUUUCCCUCCACCAGGAGAAGCUUCCCAGUGACUUAGAUGACAUGUUAAUUGAACGGUUGGACUGUGACAUGGAGUCGAUUAUUCGUAAUGACCUUAUGGAUGGAGAAACGUUAGAUUUUAACUUUGACAGUGUAUUGCCUAACCAAAGUUUUCAGCACAGCGUAAAGACAACCACACACAGUUGGGUGUCAGGAUAGGAUGUAGUAGGAGGCUACGGUUAAAUUCUCCAGACUUGUCUGACAGCAGGAACUGAGAAAAGCAGUACAAAGAUGUCCUUCACCUUCCUUUUUAAUUUUCUUGACAAAGCUGUGCGCAUACACUAGCUUUUUUUGUUUUUUUGUUUUUUUUUCUUUUCUUCUUCCUUUCGUCAGAGUUGGCAGCAGACUGAUUAUUUUCCUGUACAGGAUGUUUGCCCAAGGUUUGCAGGUUAUGUGCUGCUGUAGAUAAGAACUGUGCCAUUGGAAAUUUCAUUACUCUGAAGUGCCAAAUCCACUACACCAUAUAAUCACAGCAAAGACUCUUACUUACAUCAUGUCGUGCUUUCGGUUUUGUACAGUAUGAUCUGUAGAAGAAUUGUUUUUUAAGACUAUCUGUUUUGGUCCAAGAAAAGUUUAUAAACUUUUGUAAGAAUACUGUGAUGAUCUCAUGCCCUACGUAAGUUUAACCUUCAUUGAUGUUACCUGUGUUCUGAUGAUUUGAGAUAACUGUGGACUUGCCUUGCAGCAGUUCGAACUGCUUCAUUCUACUUAAAAUUGUCACACAUUUCAUAUGGGAACAGAGUAGCCGGUUUAUAUGAUCCUACUAAACUCUCUCACUAUUCAAAGCAAACAGUAGGUUAAAUGCCAUUUGAUAAGUUACCUGUAUUCAUGUAAAUUUAUGCAAGAAUAUAUCUGGAUUCCAUUGUCAGACUAAUGACUUUGUUGUUGGACUUAAGAUAAUUUUUGGAAUACUUUCCAAGCUAUUUUUCUUAUAAUUAAAAUCUACUUUUGUUACAUAGGCAACUUGAAAAAUAAUUCUGAGAUCUGGCAGCAUUCAUAACCUCUUCAUUUUGUACAGUAUUUUAACUGGAUUAAGUACUUGUUUUUAUAAAUUUCCCUAGCACUUGGGAGUGCUAAUAAAGGAAAAGCUUAAUAAGUAUAUUGAAUACAAAACAUUUCUGUCCCUUUUUUGUUGUGUGAUGUAUAAAAAUAGACAACUUUAUGUUUAGGAAAUAUUUAAUCAGUUUUAUAUAUGCAUUUUUAGAAACGUCAUCUGCUUCUGCUAUCAUUUUAACUCUGACUACCACAAAGUGUUAAGUACUCAUUGUUAGAUGCUUGUACAAUGCUUCUUCACACUUAUAUUUAUUUCAUGGAGGUCUCAUAAUGUUUGUACACCUGAGAGCAGGACCAUUUGGAGAAAAUUCAUGAUUUUGAUAAAAUUAAAGACAAAAUUGAUCUUUUCCUUACUUGGCACUGGUUUUAGAGUCUGUCCGUGUUUUUGUCAGCAUGCAGUAUAACUGAGGUGGCAAAAGUGCUACAUUUUAAUGGCAGGCUAAAACUUGUGUGACACCCCAUUACAGGAAAAUAAAAAACAAAACUACUUUUUUUUAAGUAAGAAAGAAAAAGUAAGUGGGAAAGUUACACAAACUCAAGAACCUUGGGAUAGGGGUGAGUAUUAAUGAUAGAGGCAUUGUUCCUGUGGAAACACUUGGUCUUGUUUGAGAGGCACAUUGACAGCUUCCUGAGGAUUUUUAGGGUUGGGUCAUUGAUAAGAGAUUUAUCUUUUUUUUUUUUUUUUUUUUUUUUUUUUUGCAGUUAAUAAGGCAGUUUUCAUGGUUGUGUGGAGCAUGGGCCUCACCUGUCUUUCCAUUGGUCUACACACCAUUUGUGUUACAGAAAUCUUUGGAGCUGACGGGACAAACAGUUUAUGUGCUUGCAGAAGAAAGGGAGAAAAAUGAAUUUUCACUGAUUGUGGUUUUGUCUAUGAUGCUCACAACUGGAAAAUGCUCUAAUUGAAACUCUGGUUCCCUGUAGUGAUGCUGUAUGGUGGAGAAAAAAAUGGGAUGUGCCAAGAAAAUGAAGUUCAGUAACAAGCCAUAUAUUUAACGAUCCUGUUAGGACUUUCCUAAGACUCUGCAAUGCAUCUACUGAUGUGCUAGCAUUUAGCACCCUGUUGGGCUUAAAUGACUACUAACUACAGCUACUUUUUAGAUAUCUAAUUACAGCUGUCAGCAGUUCCGGGGGUUCAGGGAGCUGUCCUGUGAUACAGGAUCUCCCCCAGUGUGAUAGUGGUUUUUGAACUGUUGAGCAUUAAUUGUUUGUGGUGCUGAAGCCUGAGCAAAGCAGCCUGCUUUUAUGGCCAAAAACUUCAACUAGCAUCAUCCCCAUCAACUUCACAUUCUCUAAGACUUGAUGGUAAAUCUGGGCGGUGGGCUCACACACGAGUUUCUGAAGUUCUUUCUUUCUGCUGCAUGCGCAAAAAUGUUUGUUCCCAAACGGGGAUUCAUAGCACAGUUCAAAGUAGGCACAAAAUCCACCUCUGUGCGCAAAGAAGGCAGUGCUUAACUAAACUCUAUGGGGUUGCAGCUAAACAUGCUACAUUUAACCAUAUACCUCCUGUUUAUUAUUUACUGCUACUGUACAAAUUCCUAGAUACAGGUAUUUUCUUCCUUUCCUUUUAUAACUAUGAAUAUCAUAAAUGUAGCUGUCCCUGAGUUACAGCAGUCUGUAGGAAGCCCCUUUUAAUUACUGAAAGAAAACAGUUGUAGAUAAUCAGAGGUUUUGGGUCGUGUGGUCAAAUUUACUUUCUCUUGCAUGGUGCCAUCCUAAUAUUUUGCAAUUGUAAUUCUGGAAUACUGUGAAGUCUGAUGAAGGUGUUGUCUGCCUUGAAAGCAAACAUUAUGCGACCUCUAGUAAUAAAUCCUUUUCCAGUAAAAAGUACCGAGUUUCUGGAGUAACUUAGUUUGUCAGAAUUGUUGUAAAUGAUUGGUUUGUGAAUUGUGCGGAUGAUCUUACCUAUGCAGCCUUGUUUUUGACUUUUCUGGUUUGUACUGUUAUUAAAAGUUUAUUGUAUUAUAGAGCUGUUCAGAUAUUUUAAAUAUAAAGAUGUAUUGUUUCCAUAAUAUAGCUAUAUGAUAUAUGUUUAAGUAGUAGAUGCAUUAAUUGGAAAGCUCUGCUUUGAUAAACCGACAAUUUGCCUACACUUAUAAGCAAAAGUCACAUUGCUUAUUAUUGGCUUAAGUCAACAGAGCGUCCCUAAGAAGAGAAGGUAAAAUUGGACCAAUUAUAAAACAGUAUAAAAUUUGCACUUGUUAAACCACUGGAUGUAUGUUAGUACUUUUUUAUUUUUUUACUGAUUUGAAAUUCCUAUUUUCAUGAUGAAAUUGCUAGGAUCCUUAAUUUAUGACUGAUUUUAAAUAAGGUAUUCUCAUUAUUAUUAUUAUUAUUAUUUUGGUAAUCAUAAUGUAAGAUGCAGCAUGGUUUAUGCAAACAGAAAGCAAAUUACUUGGCAUUAAACCUGGCCUCCUUUUCGAGGGUGUUCCACAAACCAGCAAUAUCUGGAGAGAUUGGCAUGUACGUACCGCUAGCUCUACUUGCGAGUGGCGUGACAGCUCUUCAACGCUCCACUGCUCUGACUUAGUCACACAGCAGAAUUGAAAUUCAAACGUGGAUAUUUUCAGAAAAGUGCCUGAUGUACUUUUACAGACACACGAGAACAAUCCCUGACAGUUUGUUGUAUAAAGCCAUAAAUGUAUAUAAAUUAUGUUCAAAAGGUUUUGUGUCCUUUCUUGUAUACGGAGAAUGAGAUUUGUACCAGGAUUCUACUUGUGAUUAGUAAUCCUUCUGCUCAGACGUUGUCGUAAUCACUUUCCGUACCGCGUAAUCUUUUUAAUGAUGAUGAUCCCAUUUGGACAAUCUUGAUGGCAUUAGCAAUUUUAUAUGGAAAAAUACCUCAUGGUACCCAGUCUUGUCUGACAAGAUGAUACCAUAUUAACAAGCAAACACUAACUGCAGAAUAGUUAGACAAAUUUUCCAUUACUUGGUAUAAAGGAAUUUGUCUCAGAAUUACUUCUGGAAUUGGAAGUGUGGCAGGUACAGGAACCUACUAGGGCUGUGUUACAAGUGUUUUAUCACAGUGUGCUAAACGAAACUUGUUUACAAGUCUUUGAGACUAAACGCAAGAAGAAUCCAUGCCUGACUCUUAGUGCUCAUGAGAGAUUUUGUGUAGAGGCACUUUGUUACUGGAAGCUGCGUUGCGCAGCACAGACCUGGUUGCCAGUGCUUCAGCAAGCCUAGUUCACAGAAAAUGGAAAAAAAAAAGUCCUGAAAUCCUUUUGGAAUGGGUAUUUGUAAGUAUAAGCUCUUAAUAAAAUUGCUAUGACAUGAGAUGGUAACUAGUGUAUCAGAAUGUUAUGUAACGCAUUGUUAAAGAAGAAAAAACCUGGGGACACUAGCAUCCAUCAAACUGCAGGAAAAAUUAGUCUUUUAAGUCCAAAUUGCAUUAGAUCCUAAUACUAUUAAAGCGGGAGGGAGCCGGCUCUAGAGAGCCAUUUUUCUCUUUUCUCUGCCUCUUCCAUUAAAGUGAGACACUUCCCAAAGGCCUCUUGGCCCUUCUCCCUCGUUUCUGUCUCUCACUUCCCCUUCCUUCCCAAAGUUCGUGCUUUCCCUACAAGUAAGAGUUUCUAUGCCGAAAGUUUGUGCCAUGUAGGCCAACCUGCACGCUGCUAAACUCUGUGGGAGUGCUGACGUGAGUGGAGAGAGCAGGAACAUCCAAUUUUUAAUUUUUUUUUUUUUUUAAUUUAGAUUGUGUUUCAAAACAGAGCUGGAAGAAAGGAGGAGAGGCUGCCAAAACAGGCAGCCAACAACACCCACGCCACCAUAGUCUUGUGAGGCCCAGAUCCUGGCUUGCCUGCAGGUGGGGAGGGAGACGGCUGGUGGAGAGCUGCUUCCAAUGAAUUGCUGGCAAAAAAUGCCAGUUUGAUCUUAAAGCGAGCAUAGGUAGACCUAAGGAGAGUGAGAGAACGCCAGCGUACUGCUGCACAUGAAACCAGGCGACCUGAAGAUAUUUAAAAAAUGAUUUUCCCUUGUACUUUACGACGGUAUUUUAGCUUUGCCUCUUUUAUUUUUGCACGCUAGGAGAAAAGCAUGGAGUGGAAGGUGUCUUCACUGGUGUUCCCAAAAGCCUCACUUCUGAAAUGAGAAGACAGUUAAGAUCCAGAGAUACACUGUCUGAGUGUUUGCAAAGCCGUUGUUGGAAAGGAUGUGCAUCUAAUUGGUACAUGAGUAGUUACUGCUGUUGGGAGAGAUAGUCAAAGCUUGUCUCUUGGGAAGGGACUGGCUAGCAAUUUGUGCCAAGCUGGCAACAAGGGAUUUGAAUCUGCUGAUCAAGCAUACAGACCUCAAAGCAUCCUUGUGCUCUGAGUCAGUUCUGCAUCAAUGUAAUAAACAUGUUUUUGUGCGGAAA